GUACGGUGACGGAGGGGGAGGGAAUUCCAGAUAUCACAUAGUCCUGUUCCUCAACUUCCGUGAUGGGAUGAUGUUGACUACCGAUCCAAUUCAAUUCAAUCUUUUCCGAAUCUCAGCUCGGGGUUGACACGGUCACUCACUUCUGAGAAUCAUUUCAGAGCUAGAAGGCAAGAGAGUAUGGAUUCAGUCUAUUGGGAUAUCUUCCCCGACACAGAAGACACGGAGGACACGGAGAGCGAAGAGGAAACCAACGACAACGCCUGUUCGUCAGACAUCAAGGUCCCCUGCGACAGAUGUAGACGCAAGAGACGCUCCUCAUGUAAACGCUGCAGGGACCGCCAGCGCCAGCUUCAACUUCAACACCAGUCAAAUCCACACCCUCAUCCUCGGAGGAGGCGAAGAUCGUCUCUCGAAAUCGCAUGCUUUCCAGAUCGCUCCUCCUCCUCGUACUCAUCCUCUUCUUCAAAUCCAUCACAUCCAUCACAUCCCCCUCACCCCUCACCACUAAAUUUCUCUACCUCUACCACGGCGCAGGACGCAAUCCCAGAAGUCACCCUCCAACAACCAGACGACGCCCCAGACACAACAACGCAGAAGAGCACGCUCACCGUCCCUGGAGGUCCGACGUUUGCAGCAGUAUACACCAACUCCCCAUCCUGGAUGUCGACGUAUACCUCGUCAACCUGCGCGACGACAUACACCACCACGCACGAACGCACCCGCAGAGACGGCCUCGGCAGCGGGGAGAGGGGUGCCAGCGACGGGACGGGAGACGGGUGGUUGGACGUCCGGAGGCGGAGGAGGCCGCCUUAUCCUAGACGUCCGAGGACUGUGAGGCGAUGGGACGGGGAGGGGAGGUCGUCGAUGACUGCGGUGGCGUCGCCGGGGACGAGGUCUAGAUGGGGUGAGGAGACGGUUGAGGGGUGGGAUGAGGGGGAGAUGGAGAGCGGGAGUUAUUGUGUUGUUGAGGGGGCACGGUGGGAGGAGCAGAGGUUUAUAACGUCGUCGAGGAGGGCGGCUCAGGGGAUGGGAAUGGCGAAGGGAGGUGCGCGGAAGGGGAGGAGGGACGCGUGGAGGCGUGUUGUUGGGUAUGGUGGCAAGAGGAGGACGAGGGCGGUUCCGUUGAUUGAGCCGCCGAAGCCGAAGAUUGUUUUCGAUUUGCUAGUGAUGAGGAUGGGGAUUUCGACGACGGGAUCGGGGGAGGGAGGGGGAAAGGGGGGGUUGUGGGGGUUGUCCUACGUGGAGGGGAGAGGGCAUUCCCGGGUCGUGUUUGCGAUGGCAUAUGUGAGGGGGACGGCGCAUGUGAAGGGCCUUUGGGGGUUGUUGAGUGAUAGAUGUGAAGACACUCAGGGGUUCUUGGGGUCUGGUGCUGACGGAGGGGCUUGGAGCGUCAUGUUGAGAUAUCUUGGGGGGAUCCUUGGCUUCUCUAGGCGUGAAGGACAAGAUGAGGUGGAUUAAGUUGUUCAAUCUGGAAGCGAGUUUGGAAUUACAGAUACAUCAAAGACUGCGCUCCAUGAUUAUUUAAGAACACAUGCACCGUUCCGUUGGUAACCUGAGAGGUCAUCAUGCCACCUUCCCCUCAGUCCCGAAAUUUCCAUGAUAUUUUGCUCUCUAUCACUGAUAUGGUUGAAUCGAACCUACUUCUGCUUGAUCAGAAAAAAAUCUUGAAGGCCGCUCGUGACCCUCAAUGAUGGGCCGCCCUAUGUUCAGUCUAGAAUACCCAUGAG